AUGGCAAAACGGAAAACUCCUCCUCCCCAUAGUAAUUCUGGCUCAGAUCACAGUGGUUCGGACUUGGAAAGUGGGCCAGAACUAUUCACAAAGCACACAAAGACAUCUGAAGCUUCUAGUAUCAAACGGUGUCGCCAGUUGUCCCAGAAGCAGAAGGAGAUUGAUGAACUGCAAAAAGCCAAAGAACAGGCCGAUGUUGAACGACUUCGCAAGAAAGUGGCAAGGCUAGAGAAACAGGCCAAGAAGCAUCAGCAUGCUCUAGCUGCUGCUCGAAAGCCGACUGAGGAGGAAUACGAGGCAAUCCCCAAUGAAAGUGAAGAGGAAGAGGAGGACGAUGUUGAAGUUGUCCGAGGCAUCAAUGUUCGGUCUUCGUUUAAAAGGGGGACAGCUGUGUCCAUUCCUAGUAAGUCAGUCGGACGCAGCCAGGGUUUCCACGCAAACCUUCAUCGCCAAGGUGCGCCCCACCACGGCGCCGUUGCUGGAGCGCCGGCCGCUUCUGCAAAAGAAUCUCAGCAGGACUCGGCCAUCCAAUCACUCGCCCCUGUGACAAAUACUACAGCCAUAGAUUCUGCUUCAAGUCCGAGUCGGGCCAAUGUCUCACCUGUUCCGGAUACAUCCUUUACUGAUCCCACUACCCCUGGCAUCCUCAAUGUGGAGAAUGCUCACAUAUUGAACACACCCACUCCCCGAGGGCGCGCAGCAGGUUCUCGAUUGAAGAAGCCACAAGGUAGGUCACACAUUGCAACACCUCUGAAAACGGCGGAGUUCGCGCAUGAGGAGCCCCCCAGUGGUCGCCCGAAGGCUGCUGAUUACAGAGAUGACAUCAAAUUCCUUUUACUGAAGGCUAUGCACUGCUUCGAGUGCCGCAUAUUAACUCAGGAGCCAUUCCCCGAUUCCGAUGUUGCUAUUCUGUGGGCGCGGGAAAUUUGGACUGAUGUUUGCCAUACUCACAGUGAAGGGGAUGAGUACGAGUUGACAGACAGGAUGACAACGAUUAUUGUACGCCACAAAUCUAACGCGCGUGGAGACGUGGUUGAAGAGAUCCGAAAACAUAUUGCUGCCGCCUACGGGUUCCUCGCCAGAGAUACUCCGAGCACUCGCCGCAAGAACAUCAAACUUUAUCGUGCUUUGACAAGUAGAUCAACAUUCCUCUACAAGACUUAUGACUUACAAGAGGGAACACGAAGCGGCUUUCUAGGUAACCCCCUCAUUUUGAAGGUCAUCAAGGAGUGCUUCUUCAAGAUGAAGGAUUCAUAUGGUAUCAGAUAUCGGGAGUCCUUCGACUCUAUUCAGUUGCCAACACUUUCACUUUUGGCGACAGGGAUUGAACAUUGUAUCGAAGAGUGGGCAACAGGGAUUCAAAUCCAAGCCCCAUUUUGCGAAAGUGAUAGCAAACCUCGGUAUGUCAACCAUAUGGCCGACAUCAUAAAAUGGGCAAAACCAUCCCCUGGCAUCGUGCGCAGCAUCUGCAAGAAGUUGCACGAUCGCGCGCAUCGCGCAACUGGUAUCACCGAAGAUGACAUUCCAACAGGUCAUGUAUCCGCAGCGGCGAUUGAGGAGGCGCAGAAGGAGCUAGAGGGCCGCACCGGCGAUACGGAUAGUGAGGCUGAAGACGGUUGA